AUGAGGAUAGCUUGUCUUCAGUUUGCUCCCCAGGUGGGCGAUGUUGACAAUAACCUCAACCGAGCCGACUCGGUACUGAGCAAGGCAAACCCCGAGGAUUUGGAUCUUCUCGUCCUGCCCGAGCUGGCUUUUUCUGUCGCUGGCUACCCCGAGAAGGCGGAUGUGUCUGGCAGUUGGCCGACCGGGCCUGAGUAUUAUAAUUCAGCCAUCGUUGUCAACGAAGAGGGAGAGACGAUAGCCAACUACCGGAAAAGCUUCCUCUACUACACGGACGAAAGCUGGGCCCUUGAAGGUGACGGAUUCUUCGAAGGCUUUAUUCCUGGCCUAGGGCAUACAUCCAUCGGCAUUUGCAUGGACUUAAACCCAUACAAAUUUCGGGCCCCAUGGCACGCGUUCGAGUUCGGCUUUCACAUCCUCCAUCAUGAGUCAAACUUUGUCAUUGUCUCCAUGGCAUGGAUGACCCGUGAAGACAGCCGUACGUUCAGUAGGAUGCCCAAUGAACCGGACAUGGACACUCUCACCUACUGGGUGACUCGUUUGGAACCUCUGAUCCGAGCAGAGAAAGACACUGAAAUCAUCGUCGUGUUCUGUAAUCGGACCGGCAUGGAAGAUGAUGCUGUCUACGCCGGAACAAGCGCUGUUGUAGGCGUCCAAGACGGCGAGGUCAAGAUCUACGGUGUUCUUGGCAGAGGCGAAAAGGAACUGCUUGUCGUCGACACCAAGAAUCCCCCAUAUGCCAAAGUUGCAAAAAACGCCAUCUUCUCCGGCAUCGCCUGGAGGACAAGCGCCCAGCUCUUCGUCAUCUCAGGGUAG